AUGAUAUUGACGAAAUCUGGCAGGAGAAUGUUUCCGCUUGUACAAGUUCAGUUGACUAAUCUCGAUCCUUCGAAGUUUUAUUACGUCUUGUUGGAUAUCGUUCUGGUGGAUCAAAUGAGAUAUAAGUUCAUGAAUCUGCAAUGGGUUCCCUCUCUGAAAACAAAUUUCCAAUCAGAAAUCAACUUUUACAAUCAUAGCAAGUCACCAGCUUUAGGAUCAAAGUGGAUGCAGGAACCAAUCACUUUUACCGGAGUAAAACUUUCAAACUACGAAAAAUCGGACGAAACCCGAAUAAUUCUGCGUUCCAUGCAUAAGUACAGGGUACGCAUCCAUGUUGUUCAAUGCAGUGACAUUACACAGCUUUAUUAUUCAAAUUUUCAUACGUUUGACUUUCCCCAGACUACCUUCAUUGCAGUUACAAGUUAUCAAAAUGAAAAGCUUGCGGAUUUGAAAAUUGAAAAGAAUCCUUAUGCUAGAGCAUUUAAAAUAGGGAGCAAGAGGAGGUCAGAAAAUGAAUCGACGAAAGCAAAUUCAUCAGAAAAUAUUUCACCUUCGAAUAAAGGAGUUGUGGCCAUGACUUCUGGAAACACAGAGAUGGAACCAGAAUAUCAAAAUGCUUUUGCCAGUUUUCCUAGUCCAAGUAACUCAAUUCCACUGGGUUAUCCUAACUAUCCAUUUCAUUCCAUGCCUUGUGCAUUUAACAGAUAUUCACCUUGUAAUUAUCUCCAACCUGCAAACAGGAGCUUCAAUCCAUGGUCAUACCAAGCCUCAAUUCAUCCACAGCCUUUCCUUUCACACUGCAGCUGCCUCAAUUGUUCUCCUCUGCGGUACAAUAAUGUAUCAUCAACAGCAAGCACACAACUAAGUUGCUGUGAAUCUUGUUCAAUUUGCAAUAGUGCAGUGUCAUCUACAGUAACUGAGAAUAAAAAGACUCAAUAA